AUGGAACACACCAACGUUGGUAAAAUCUGCAUGCAUGUCGAGAUCGAUGAUGUGCUCAACCAUGGGGAGUCUCACGAGGCUGUCUUGGUCGUCUCCACUGAGACCGCCGACCACUGGAUCCUAAAAGAGAACUUUAUGUGGAUUGGGAGUGACCGGGCUGAUAUACCAAAGAUACAACACGGAGAAGUUCACCUCCUGUCAGAGAGAUUUCCCCAUUCGGAUCGAAACAUUCGCAGACCACACAAACACGAGUUCCGAAUACCCUUGGAAGACGUCACCGCGGGCGCCAUGUCGGUCCCAUACUACGUCGCUCUGCACCCUAUCAUUGUACAAGGGGAAAGCAAACCGAAAACUCCCCGAACGGACAAUUUACACUCGUCUUAUCUCAGGCAGCCUUCUACCGCCGAAAUGCGACAAAACGAAAACGACGAAAUUAUCAGCACCAACAAAGGCGGUAUUUGGUUGACAGAGUUCAUUCUCAAUUUCAUGCUUCCCGAGACGUCAGCCCCAUCAUCAAAAACCUUCAGUAUUCCAGAACUCACCAAUAUGCAACAGGAACGACGACUGUACGAAUUCAGUCGUCGGGAACCCAAUGCUGCCUGUUUCUCAACGCCCAGUAUGGACAUUGGCAGAAGCAUCGGAAAUACUCCAACGAGCGACCUGUUUACAGAGGACUUUUUGUUCCAAUUCCACAUUGCCAGCGUCUUGGCAUCCGGCGUUGUUUACGAAGCCAAUCUGAUGGAGAAGAUUGACUACUACAAAACUCUCUAUGAACGUUUUGCUGCCUUUGACGAUGGUUUGAAUGAUGUGGCAUUGGUGGCCAAAGUGGAAGACGUCUGUUACGGCGUUUUUCGCGGAACCGUGGAAAGCAAUCUGGCCGACGUAGCACAGAACUUCAUCUAUGGCUUUCGGCAAGUUCCGGGCACAACAUGCUACGUCCGACGAGGAUACUACGAUGCCUACUUCACGGACUACCAGGUUGACUUUGAGACGGAGUUGAAGGAUUGUGUUGGCUCUUGCAACAAUGGCAAUGGUGGUUGUGAAUUGAUUCUAGCAGGUGCCUCCCAAGGCGGCGCGAACGCUGUUGUUGGCUCUAUGCACCUGUACGAGAAGUACGAUCCAAUCGUUUUCACAUUUGGAGCACCAAGAGUAUUCCUUCCGACUUCUCCUUUUGAGGAGCACACUCCAUGUACCAGCUUCAACAAGGAGAAACAAUAUCACUUUGUUUUGACGGACUCCUUCCUGAAAGCCUACGACCCAGUGCCGUCGUAUUAUGCCUACUGGACGAAGAAUGUAGGCCGCGAGAUCUUGUUUGACGGCGAAGGGAAUUUCAAUGACCAAGGCGUCGCGGAAACCUUUCUGUCACGACGAGCCCCCGGCAGCCAGGUGGUUCAUUCUCGAACCAACUAUCAAGUGAAAACAAUCGAGGCCUACGAAAAUGCUUGUUUGCCAACUCCAGUAUCCGGCUGGGUUGACGGUCAUUGGUGUUCCGAGGAUAGCACUUGCCAACCAUCCAGUUUUUGCUCGGAUGACGGCUAUUGCACACCACGAUCAGAAGCAGGAAGCCCAUGCGACAAGAAUGCUGCGUGCUUGACCAACUUUUGUUCUUCCGUCGCUAAGGUGUGCCUAGUAGAACGAUCGGGCAAGAGCUUGACGUCGAAUGGAGCUUCCUGUUGGCGAAACCAGGACUGUACCUCGGGACGAUGCGAAGGCUACAUUGGAUUCUCUCGGUGUCGUGCGCCCUUGGAAACUGGACAACCCUGCAACGAGCAUUCCGAUUGCCUGUCUAGCCAUUGCGCAGGAUUGCUCUUCGGGAGCUGCUUGUAA